GCAUGCGCGCGCGUUUUCUCUCGCCGGCCGCUGCGCUCGGCCGCGCGGAAUAGAAUGAACUGUAACAAAACAAGCAGAGCCUUUGUAUCUGCUUAAAGGGGCCGCAGGCACUUCCCUCCUGUCUCCCCCACCCCCGCUCCGCUUCAGCGUCUCCAGGGCUCCCAGCAACUGUCUGGAAGGGCUUCCCUCACCCUCAGGAACAGCCCGCCAGCGAGGAAAGGCGAACCAGGCGGGAGGUAAAGAGGAGAUUCCGCAUCUCUAAGAGGCAAGGAAGGAAGGAAGGAAGGAAAAAAAUAACCCAAGCGGCACAGAGUGGACUCUGGUCUGGGAGAGCACGGUCGGGCGCCGGAACGUGGACCAAGAAGCACUGGAAUGCAAACAAAGCUCGCGGGCGCCUGUGCAGGGCUCGCGGGGAAGCCCAGAAAGUUUGUUUUAUGAUGGCUUGAGUGCGCGAGUGUGUUCAGGGGAGCGAGGCUGCCAAGUUUCUCUCUCCCGUUGCGUUAUUUGGGGGGAGAUGGCUCUCCCAUGAACGAGCGGUGGCUUGGGGGCUCGUGCUGUGGGGGGCACCUGUCUCUCAUUUUAUUAUUUUUUUGGGGGGUAGGAGAGGUGUAACUCGUCAUGUCGAAAGUGAUCCAGAAGAAGAAUCACUGGACUAGCAAGGUUCACGAAUGCACCGUGAAGCGGGGACCCCAGGGCGAGCUGGGGGUGACGGUGCUGGGGGGCGCGGAGAACGGGGAGUUUCCGUAUGUUGGAGCGGUGGCAGCGUUGGAGGCGACGGGGCUUCCCGGCGGCGGCGAGGGCCCUAGGCUGGGCGAGGGGGAGCUGCUUCUGGAGGUGCAGGGGAUCCGGGUGUCCGGCUUGCCCCGCUAUGACGUGCUGGGAGUCAUCGACAGCUGCAAGGAGGCCGUCACCUUCAAAGCCGUCAGACAAGGAGGAAAGCUGAACAAGGACCUGCGACAUUUUCUCAAUCAGCGGUUCCAGAAAGGGUCCCCUGAUCAUGAGCUCCAGCAGACCAUAAGGGAUAACCUUUACCGCCAUGCUGUGCCUUGCACAACCCGAUCUCCGAGAGAAGGAGAAGUGCCUGGCGUGGACUAUAACUUUCUGACCGUGAAGGAGUUCUUGGACCUCGAGCAGAGCGGGACUCUUCUGGAAGUUGGCACCUAUGAAGGAAACUAUUAUGGGACACCCAAACCUCCUAGCCAGCCAGUCAGUGGGAAAGUGAUCACAACGGAUGCCUUGCAAAACCUUCAGUCUGGCUCCAAGCAGUCGACUCCAAAGAGAACCAAGUCCUACAAUGAUAUGCAAAAUGCUGGCAUAGUCCAUGCAGAGAAUGAGGAGGAGGAUGAUGUUCCUGAAAUGAACAGUAGCUUUACAGCCGAUUCUGGUGAUCAAGAAGAGCACAGUCUCCAAGAAACAACGCUACCGCCUGUGAAUAGUAGCAUCAUCGCUGCUCCCAUCACGGACGCUUCUCAGAAGUUCCCUCAAUACCUACCUCUUUCUGCAGAGGAUAAUUUAGGUCCUCUACCUGAAAACUGGGAGAUGGCCUAUACCGAAAAUGGAGAAGUCUAUUUUAUAGACCAUAACACAAAAACAACAUCUUGGUUAGACCCACGGUGCCUGAACAAGCAGCAGAAGUCUCUGGAAGAGUGUGAAGAUGAUGAAGAAGGGGUCCACACCGAGGAGCUGGACAGUGAACUAGAACUGCCUGCUGGUUGGGAAAAGAUUGAAGACCCUGUCUAUGGUAUCUACUAUGUAGACCACAUCAACAGGAAAACACAAUAUGAGAACCCAGUUCUAGAAGCCAAACGGAAGAAGCAGAUUGAGCAGCAGCAGCAGCAACAGCAGCAGCAACCACAACAACAGCCGCAGCAGCAGCAGCAGCAGCAGCAGCAGCAGCAGCAGCAGCAGCAGCAGCAGCCACAGCAGCAAGAAGAAUGGACGGAAGACCAUUCAUCGCUUGUGCCUCCUGUUAUUCCUAACCACCCCCCAAGCAAUCCAGAGCCGGCCAGAGAAGCUUCACUUCAGGGCAAACCCUUUUUUACACGAAACCCUUCUGAGUUGAAAGGCAAGUUUAUUCACACGAAGCUGCGGAAAAGCAGUCGUGGCUUCGGCUUCACGGUCGUCGGAGGGGAUGAACCUGAUGAGUUUCUGCAGAUCAAGAGCUUGGUCCUAGAUGGUCCUGCUGCAUUGGACGGCAAGAUGGAAACAGGAGAUGUAAUUGUCAGUGUGAACGACACCUGUGUUUUGGGACACACGCAUGCACAAGUUGUGAAAAUCUUCCAGUCCAUUCCCAUUGGUGCCAGCGUGGACCUUGAACUCUGCCGAGGUUAUCCAUUGCCUUUUGACCCAGAUGACCCCAAUACGAGUUUAGUGACCUCGGUGGCCAUUUUGGAUAAAGAACCAAUCAUUGUGAAUGGGCAAGAGACCUAUGAUUCGCCAGCUAGUCACAGUAGUAAAACAGGCAAAGUCAAUGGAAUGAAGGACGCCAGGCCAAGCAGUCCUGCUGAUGUGGCUUCAAACGGUUCCCAUGGUUACCCCAAUGACACUGUCUCUUUGGCUUCCUCCAUAGCCACUCAGCCAGAACUCAUAACUGUUCAUAUAGUGAAAGGGCCAAUGGGCUUUGGUUUUACUAUCGCGGAUAGUCCUGGUGGUGGUGGCCAAAGGGUGAAACAGAUUGUUGACAGUCCGAGGUGCCGAGGCCUGAAAGAAGGGGAUCUUAUAGUGGAAGUAAAUAAGAAGAAUGUGCAGGCUCUGACUCACAACCAAGUUGUGGAUAUGCUGAUUGAAUGUCCAAAGGGAAGUGAGGUCACAUUAUUGGUGCAACGAGGAGGGCUGCCGGUUCCCAAGAAGAGCCCAAAGUCGCAACCACUGGAAAGAAAAGACAGCCAGAAUAGUUCUCAGCACAGUGUUUCCAGCCACCGAAGCCUGCACACAGCAUCCCCAAGCCACGGCACACAGGUGCUCCCCGAGUACUCACCUGCAGAGGCCUCAGCUCCAGAUCAGACCGACAGCUCUGGGCAGAAAAAACCAGAUCCUUUUAAAAUCUGGGCCCAGUCCAGGAGCAUGUAUGAAAACCGACCUAUGUCACCUUCGCCUGCAUCGGGAUUGAGCAAGGGUGAAAGAGAGAGAGAGAUCAAUUCUACGAAUUUUGGAGAAUGUCAGAUUCCAGAUUACCAAGAACAGGACAUCUUCCUCUGGAGGAAAGAGACUGGAUUUGGAUUUAGGAUUCUCGGUGGAAAUGAACCAGGAGAACCUAUUUAUAUCGGUCACAUUGUACCACUGGGUGCUGCUGAUACAGAUGGCCGCCUGAGGUCUGGGGAUGAAUUAAUCUGUGUGGAUGGGACACCAGUAAUUGGAAAAUCACACCAGCUUGUGGUCCAGCUUAUGCAACAAGCUGCCAAGCAAGGCCACGUCAAUCUUACAGUGCGACGUAAAGUCGUAUUUGCAGCCCCCAAAACAGAGAACGAGGUGCCCUCGCCAGCCUCCUCUCAUCACAGUAGCACCCAGCCGGCCUCGCUGACCGAGGAGAAACGCACCCCGCAGGGCAGCCAGAACUCCUUGAACACGGUGAGCUCGGGCAGCGGCAGCACCAGCGGCAUCGGCAGUGGCGGGGGUGGCGGCAGUGGCGUGGUGAGCACUGUGGUGCAGCCCUACGACGUGGAGAUCCGGCGCGGGGAGAACGAGGGCUUUGGCUUCGUCAUCGUGUCGUCGGUGAGCAGGCCCGAAGCAGGCACGACUUUCGCAGGCAAUGCAUGUGUGGCUAUGCCUCACAAAAUAGGUCGGAUUAUUGAGGGGAGCCCUGCUGACCGAUGUGGCAAGCUGAAAGUAGGAGACCGGAUCUUGGCAGUAAAUGGAUGUUCCAUCACCAACAAGUCCCAUUCAGACAUUGUCAACCUAAUCAAGGAAGCGGGAAACACAGUUACCCUCCGCAUCAUUCCCGGGGAUGAGUCUUCAAAUGCAACGUUGCUGACCAAUGCAGAGAAGAUUGCCACCAUCACCACCACACACACCCCCUCUCAGCAAGGGGUCCAGGAGACCAGGAAUACCACCAAACCAAAGCCGGAAUCUCAGUUUGAGUUCAAAGCACCCCAGGCAACACAGGAUCAAGAUUUUUACACUGUGGAACUGGAAAGAGGAGCCAAGGGAUUUGGCUUUAGUCUUCGAGGGGGCCGAGAGUAUAACAUGGACCUUUAUGUUCUGCGCUUAGCAGAGGAUGGUCCUGCAGAAAGGUGUGGAAAGAUGAGGAUUGGUGAUGAAAUUUUAGAGAUCAAUGGUGAAACCACCAAAAACAUGAAGCAUUCUCGGGCUAUAGAACUGAUUAAGAAUGGUGGCCGCAGAGUGCGUCUUUUUCUGAAGCGGGGAGACGGCUCGGUACCGGAAUAUGACCCCGGCAGCGACCGGAACGGCCCCUGCGCCGGUGCACAAGGGGUUCCGGAAAUGAGGUCCGGGCCCGCCGACCGCCGGCCGCACCCGUCCCUGGAGUCCAGUUACCCACCCGAUUUUCACAAAUCAUCACCACAUGGGGAAAAGCGGGCACACGUGAGAGAUUCCAAAGGCAGCAGGGAGUACAGCAGACAACCCAACGAACAUCACACAUGGAACGGAACUUCUAGAAAACCGGACAGUGGGGCUUGCCGACCCAAGGACCGGGCACCAGAGGGACGAAGAGAAGCACAGCCUGAGCGGAUGGUGACCAAUGGCCCCAAGAGACGAUCUCCCGAGAAGCGGAGGGAAGGCACCCGGAGCGCUGACAACACUUUGGAGAGGAGGGAGAAGCAUGAGAAGAAAAGAGAGAGUUCUCCCGAGAGGAGGCGAGAGCGGUCGCCGACCCGCAGAAGGGACAGCUCGCCCAGCCGUCGGAGGAGGUCUCUCGAAAGACUCUUGGAUCAGAGAAGAUCUCCAGAGCGAAAGAGAGGGAGCUCGCCCGAAAGGAGAGCGAAAUCGACCGACCGGAGGCGAGCAAGGUCCCCGGAGCGGAGGAGAGAGCGGUCACUUGAGAAAAGGAACAGAGAGGACAAAGUCAGCCACCGAGAAAGGGAAGAGACGAGUCUGAAGCAGGAUGCCGGCAGAAGUUCCAGACAUCCCCCAGAGCAGAGAAGGCGACCUUACAAAGAAUGUAGCACCGACCUCAGUAUCUGAGUUCUGAGUCGCAUUCCAACCUUUACCGUGUCAAAGGUUCUAAGAGGAAGGUCACAAACCUGAAAUAAUUUAGUUUCUUACCUGAUGAAGCAUCUGACACCUGAUGAUCCUAUAAAUAGCAACAAACACUUUAUGCAUUCGAAAUCUUAAAAGAAAAAAUAUAUAUGAAAAGUGUUGUGCCUGAUGUAUAAUAUUAAAGAAAGUAUUUUUAAAUGCAUACUUUUUUGGAAAUUAUUUGCCAAAUGCUGCCCCAAAGGGAUAUAAAUUUUGUUUCUACAUAAACUGUAGACUUGUCAAGAAUUGUUCCCUUAUUUUGGGCAAUCUUUUUCUCUCCUGGUUAAAUAGGGCUGUUGAUUAUUUUCUGUAAGUAAGGGAAAUUAUUGACUACAUUUAAUUAAUUUGAUAUAGACUUAUGUAAUGAUGUAGUGCUAUACUGUAGUUAGGAGUUUUUCUUUAAAAAAAAAAGGCAAAAGUUAUAUUUGUAAAAGCUGAGGACUCUUUGGAGUGGGUUAGGAUUGCUGAUGAUUUUAAAAUCAAGCAAACUGUAUGAAGAGACUACUAUUGCAAAUGAAGGAUAUUUAUAGCUAACCUAUACAGCACAAAGAAAUGUUAUGUUUUUGGGUCAUAGUCUGUACUCUUCCUGGCCAUACAAAGGCACAGAGAGGAGAAAGUUGGCCGCCGUUACCCAAAUGCAGCCCGAGCACAGAUGGUCAGGUUCACUAGCAUUACUAACAUCUAAUAAGAUCUCAUUAAGGCAGUGCCAUCACAGCUUUGCUCAACUACUAGAAGGAAUGGACAGCAAAUACCUUCUGUGUUGUGUUGUGUUGUGUUGUCUGAUUUGAGACUGAGUAGUUGAGAGAAUGGGGGAUAAUAUGUCCAGUGUGAAGGAGUUACAGAAGUCCCCGAUACAGAAAGUAUGUUUCCCCUUUUUAGCAUAAGCCAGUGGUUGCCCUUUGCCAAACUGGAGAGGAGGGAAUGAGCCUCGGUGGAAGUUACCUCUCUGUUGAUAUUUAAAUAAGUGAGAAUUGGAGACGCUUAGUCUUAGAAAUGCCGAUUUCCCUCCCUUUAAAACCUUAACAAUGGUCUCCAGUAUGUGAAAGGGAAAAAAGGCCACAAGCCCAGGGGUUUCAGAUCUGGUUGACAAACUCUGCCCUCAUGACCCUGUCCUUUGAAUUUUUGGACAGCAGAGCAAAACAUAACGAUUUUUCUUUUUUAAAAACCUAUUAUUUUGCGAUCCCAUGGAAGGUGUGGUUGGGUCGGCUGUAGCCCCAUGAUGUGAUUGAAAUGGAUUACUGCCUAGCUGAGCCAAAAUGUUUGCUCGUACCUGUUGGAUCACUACAGCAAACCAUUGCUUACAAUGCAUUGUAUAUUUCUGUAGUACUAUUUUGCAUUUUCCGUACAGUCAUAAAACUUUGCAAGUCAAUCACUGUUGUUCUCAUGGUACUGCUUUAAAAAAAAAAGGAAAAAAACGGAGAAAACCAGCCAAUCGUUGUGUACAGAGUUAAGAAUUGUAAUUAAUAGAGCCUGUUUAAAAAAAAAAAGCAACUGUUGCCUUUUUUCUUGUAUAAAAGAGAAUUUAUGACUAAAAAUUUAGCUGUGAGGAAUGUGAUACGUGUUUAUAUUUCUGAAUAUGGAACAAAUUGAUUCAUUGGGAUAUAUUUUAAUGUGAACUAAAUCAGGUAUGUAAAGCUGUUUUAAAAUGGGAGACUAUAUAAGUAAUUCUCUAAAGCUUUAGUUGGAUUGAAUAUCAUCAUAUCCUCCAUGGUGAGCCUGCUUGUGAAUUAUUAAGCAUUUGUUUGCAUUCUCUUCUUCACUCACUUUUUGCAGUGUGCUAUGGACUUAAUGCUGUUUCUGUAUUGAUGAAAAGCAGUAUGUGGGCCAAUCUUUUUAUAAAACACUAUGCAUAUAUAAAUAUUACAUUGUUCAUAGCUUUAUUUGACUUAUAGGUUUAUACAUGACAUUAAACUGAGUAUCUGUGGUUGUGUGGGCAUUCACAAAACAAGUUCCUUUCCUAGAACAGACACAAUGAACAUUCUAUAACUAAAAAAGAGGGAAAAGUCUGUGACUGCUAUUUGUAUCAAAGUUUUCCAUACAUAGCGUACUUUGAGCUGUAGUAGUAAUGCUGAGGGAGAAUACAACUGAAUAAUGAUAUUCUUUUUCACCCAUCUCUUCAGAGCCAACUUGGGGAUUUUAUUCCUAAGAUUCCACUGCUAGGAAUUUUCUCACUAUUUCUAGCAAAAUCUGUGAUAUUAAAUGCUCAGUGCUCUCAAUUGUAGUCUACAGUUUUAAAUAAAUGAAAUCAAGAUGGAUUUUUGGAGUACAUCCUAAAGUUAAUAUAUCGAUGUCUUUCUUGUCAGAGAUGACACAUGACUUUUUUAAAUCUAUGUGCUACCCACCUGGGCUUGUCUCAGUCUGUGAAGACUUUUGGUGUGGCAAUUUCGUCUGAAUUCCACACGUCAGAUUUGCUUUGGAAAUAUUGUACUGUACAGGGACUAUGCAUUAAGCAGAAAGAUAUAGUUUUCUCCGAACUACUGUAACCUUAAAUUGGAGACUGAUUCUUGUGAGCCUACUUCCCUAGUCCUCCGCUUCAUGUAAAUGUCUUGAUGAGAGAUGGCGAAUGAGUAUUUUGUAUGAUUAAAUCAAACAAUUUAGGAAUUUCCCUCUCACCCAUUACACAGUUGAUGCUUGGAAGAAUGUUGGGGGAGAACUCAACACCCUACUUGUAUUUUUUAAGUUUCUUUUGUGAAAGAUUUUUUAAUGCAUUUUUACUGUAAAAAUACAUGGAAAUGUAUGCAUUCCAUAACCACUAUUGCUUCUGGAUUGAUAUCUUUCUUGUCUGCGUGUUGUCUGAAAUGUAUCAAGGUCAAAUAAUCAACUGAGAGUGUCUGGCUCCAGCUCGAUGAAAUAUACCAUUCUGUUGAAAGAGAA